AGGUUCCAUUUCAAGAUUUUAUUUCAUCCCUGAUAUUAGAGGAAGAACUAACUCAACUGCCUCUAGAAGACUAUCAACAACAUAGGAAAUGGUUCGACGAGUUUAAUGGUGCAUAUGAAUAUGGUCAUAUCUUUGUCAGCGAUACUAAUGUAAAAAUCAUGUUCUUAUCACAUACGAAACAAAAAAUGAAUGUGAUGGUUGAAUUGAUGAAGUCGAAAAUAAAAUUAACUACACUUAAUGAAGGUAAAUUGAAAGCUAAAGACUGCAGCUCAAGUGACCAUCAGAAUCUUAUGGAGCCAUCAGACAGUGGAAAUACAAGGAAAUCAUUUUCAGAAGAUGAGAAGAUUACAAAUGAGGUUUAUUGCUUCAAGCAUUCAUUUAUUUUGUGGCUGCUUCAUACGCUGAAUUUUAGAUCCACUGUUGCAGAGAUGUGUCCAACAUUAACACUGAAUCUUGAUGUACUUGGGUUGAAAGUGUUAAUCUCAGGGCAAGCUAAAGAAGUGCACGCAGUCAAGCAAUGUCUAAAGGAGGAAGAUGACAGGGUCAGUCUUAGUUUUCUUGAUUAUUUCUAUUAAUUUCCUUUCCUUUUGAAUAAAAUUUAGUUUGAAAUAAAUUUGAAUGAAAACAUAUUAAGACCAUGUUUUAGGAGUCAAUGCUUCUUUAAGACAAUAUCUGGAUCAUUAGAUUUUUAUUUAAACUAAUUAAUUUUUCUCAAAUUAUUACCCAAAAUAAAAAAAAAAAUUGAUUUGAUUUUUAAAUCGAAAGAACUAGUUCAAAAAGUGUUGGGAUACCUGCUUCCCUAUGCACGUGUAAAGAAAAUUAUAUUGCCUGAAAAUAUUUUAAUAUUUAUUUACAAUGUAGGCAACUUGAUGCACCUAGAAGCAUUAGGCCUGGCAAGCUAUAGCAUUAUUUAUUUUUGCCGAUCUCAGAUGUUUUUUUUUUUCACCACAUAUGAGACAGAGAUCUAAUUUGCGCCUAACCAAUUAAAAUUUAGUAUAUGAUUAGACUAUCUAUGACUAAAGGGCUUGGUUGCUCCUUUACCAGAUGUGUAUGUGGAAAUGGGUAUUUUGUAUUUCCAUUGAUAUUUCUGAGGGCUGAGAGAAACUUGAUGUGUACUGCUUAAUGUAUACUUUACUGGUAUUCUUUAGUAGCGUACUGUUUUGUUCUUUUCAGAAAGUGAAGAGUAGUCUUUGCGUUAAAUUUUAUCUUCAGAUUUCUUACAAUGAAGAUGAGGAGAUUUUCCUGCAGAAUGGUAAAAUCCUACAACAAAUAGAAAAAACAAUUAAAAGCGAUUCAAUGCACCUUGUACUCAGUGACAACUUGGAGUGCUUUGUCAUAGAUCUGGAUGAUCAUCAAGUAAGAAUUAUAUCACUAUUUCUUAUGUCAACUUUUUAAAAAAUGAACUGAUUAAAACUUUGAACAACUGACCAGAGGCUACUGCAAAUGUUUAUUCUUAUCAAAACAUAAUGUUAAGCUUGUUCAUUAAAAAUAAGAACGGAUUACUAUUUACUAAAUUUGAAAUAAUAAUUUCUUUUAUAGGGUUCAACUUAGGUUUUAUAAAAAUAAUUAUAAAGUUUAUUUCAAAAACACGCUUCAUCCCCAAAGGCUAGAAGCACGGUACAAAGCCAAAUAAUUUACUACAUUUAAAACAAACGCAACACUACAAAAACUAAUUACAAGUCAAAGACUUUCUACCCAUUUCUACCCAUUUCAACCCUAAGCAACACAGCCAUUAUGCAUUAACUGGAAAAUGUUAUAGACAAUAAUCCCAGAAGGCAUUUGCGAAAUAGAUGUGUCUUUAAAUCGGUUUUAAAGGACUCCAGUGUCUGGUUGUUUCUGAGAUCGACAGGAAGGGCGUUCCAAAUUUUUGGACCAGCAAAUGCAAAAGUUCGCUUUCCGUAAGUCUCAAGGCAAACACGUGGUGUCGAGAGUUUGCCACUAUCGGAUGAGCGGAGCUCUCUAGUGGGUACAUAAGGCGUCAGCAACUCUUUCAGAUAAGACGGCGCCAGGUCAUGUAAGCAGCGGUAACACAAAGUUGCGAUCUUGAACUCUAUGCGAGCACGCACCGGCAGCCAAUGCAACUCUCUCAGAAGUGUUUUUGCAUGGUCGAACUUGCGUUUGCGGAGAACAAUGCGAGCCGCAUUAUUCUGUGCUAUUUGAAUUUUAUCCAGGAGCGUAGCUGGAAGACCCACCAUGAGAGCAUUGCAAUAGUCCAUGCGUGAUAGCACAAAUGCAGACAUCAACCUCUUUGUUGUAUCAAUUGUUAGGAAGGGCCUGAUGUGACUAAUCCUGCGCAGCUCUAUAAAAAUCGCCUUCCAUAGCAUGUUAAUGUGACUUUCAAAAGUUAGUCUUCUAUCUAGGUAGACACCCAGGUACCGCACUGUUUGAGCUAAUUCAAUACGCACACCCGAGAGAGUCAUUGAUGUCGUGUUAUUUGAAUAUUUUUGCCUCUGAGCGAUCGCGAUGGGGAGCAGCUCAGUCUUAUCAUCAUUCAAUUUGAGAUUGUUUAUGGUCAUGCAGUGCUUAACUGACUCCACUGUCUUCUGUGUCAUGAGAAGCUGGGGGAACUGAGAGGGGAUCACGGAUUGAUGAAGUUGGGUGUCGUCUGCGAACAUGUGGUUUUGCAUAUCAAACUGCUUGAUAUCUGCACCCAGGGGCUGAAUGUACAUCGUGAAAAGCACCGGACCUAGGACCUAGGACCUAGGACCGAGCCCUGGGGUACUCCAAAUUCGAUAUUAGAUUUCUCGAGGUCAAGCCGUUUGAAAUAACUGACUGGACCCGAUUAGUCAGAUACGAUCGGAAUCAUAUUAGGACGGUAUCAGUGAGACCGAACGUUUUUUGCAGACGCUGAAGUAGUAAGCCGUGGUCAAGCGUAUCGAAAGCUGCCGAUAAAUCUAGUAAAGACAAAAUCGAUACCUGGCCCUCAUCACAAGACGACAGAAGGUCGUUUACGACGCACAACAGGGUUGUCUCAGUAGAGUGAUGCGCCCUGUAAGCUGAUUGGAAAGUUUCCAGCAAGUCACACUGACUGAGGUGAUCCAAGAGUUGGCGGAGAACGAAUUUUUCUAAGAUUUUAGUAAUAAAUGGUAGAUUUGAGAUGGGGCGAUAAUUUUCCAUCACAUUUGGGUCAAGAUUUGAUAGUGGAGUGACGAUCGCCUCUUUAAAUUAAAAGAUGAUGGAACAAUACCAGUAGCCAAGGACUGAUUUAUGAUAUAAGUGAUUAUGGGGACUAUUUCAUCCAGACAUUCAUACAGGAGCCCUGCUGGAAGAGAGUCAAGCGAACAUGACUUUCUUGGGGUAUCAGCGAGGAUUUUCCUCACAUUCGAUUCACUGACCUCAACAAAUUCUCCCAUAGGAGAGCCGUUGAAGAGUGAGAAUUCUGGAGCAGUAUCGAGGCAACUGUCAAGUUUCGCACUGAUCCUCUUAACUUUUGUGAUGAAGAAGUCUUUUACAGCGUCUGGCAACUCUUCUACAGCAAUGUUAUUUGGCAGAGAUGUAGACUUGUUUUUACCGUUCAGCUGACCCACAAUGCGAAAUAAGUCCUUGCUUGAGCUGCUGUCUAUAACCUGAUGACUAACAUGCUCUGUCCUAGCUGCAAGGACCAACUUUUUGGUUCGUUCCCUUUGGUCAACAAAAAUUUGUCCGUGCACGGUCAAGCCCGACUUUCGCCAUUGGCAUCCUGCACGUCGCUGCUUCUGCUUUGCUUCCUAAAUUUCUGGCGUGAGCCAUAGGGCGGAAGGGCGCCGUGUGGUCAGCGGUGCAUGUUUGUCUAAAAUGGCUCUGAGGCCACUGUUGUAGGAUGUAGCGGGGUCUUUUUCACUGCACCUGAGGGCGGCGACGUCGCAUCUGAAGGCCACUAGAUCAAUUUUUCGCGGUUUACGAGAUGUGACUGUGCGCAGAGGGUGCCCUGGCUUCCUCAAGUCAAGGUCAAAGAAUAUUGGAAAGUGAUCAGAGAUUAAUUUAUCUUCAAUGAGAAGGUUGCGGAUGACGGCUGCGCGGUCCUCUCUGACAACAAGGCAAUCCAGGAUGUGACCCUUCUGUUAUGUUGGGACACUGACAAGCUGGAUCAUAAUGUAUGUGUCAAGAGCUGAUUUCAGAGUCUUCACAUAGCUGUCAGUGGUGGAAUCAAAGUGGCAAUUGGUAUCACCUAUUAUGAUGACGUUGCUAUUUGUAGAGGCGUACGUGUCUAGUAGCUUUAUAAACUCAGCAGUAAACUGGGAGGCCUUAAACUUAUUUCGCUUAUUGGGAGGUGGCCUGUAUAUGCACAGAAGCGUAAUCGCUUGGUCACAAUAAUUAAGUUGCAUCUUGCAAAUCUCAAAUGAAACAAACUGGUCUGAUUUUGAGAACGCCACACUAUUCUUGAGGGAGCUCCUGUAAAGAACAGCAAUACCUCCGCCACCACGAGACAGCCUUAGGCAGGAAUGAACAUAGUCCGGAGGUGUAAUUUCUUGCAGCUUGACCUCAUCUCCGACCUGCUUAAACCACGUCUCCGUAAUAAACACAAGGUCGACCUUGCUCUCUAAAAUAAGAUCACACAACUCGAAUGUCUUGUUCCUGCAUGACUGGGCGUUGAAAUACAGCACCCCGAAGUGCCGUGAUUGCGGCCUCACAAAAGGCUGACAGUCGACAACUACUAGAUUUGAUUUCGUCACACCCCGUCGAGGUGUUGCGAAAUCAUGGGCCACUGGCUGUGACCUUAGCCUUGACACAUACAGACGGGCAAGAUCGAUGACACAGUAGGUGGCUGAUUUCAGUCGUCCUCCUCGUUACUGAAAGCUUCAUCAAAGGGCUCCUCAUCACGAUCACCACCAGCAAUAGUAUUGACACUGCAGUCGCCAUGAUGGUAUUUCAGUGGACGCUGUUUUCUUUCGCCGUGUGCCUAUUGGCUUACUUGAUAGUUCUCCUGUCUCGCAGUUUAGGCCAAGCUGAACCAGUUUUUUGAUCACUUGUAAAAACACUGGGGGUCAACAUAACCCGUGUCGAAGAGCAGUAGUUGAGCCUUGGUAUAGCGCAGACUGAGAGGCUUGAGAUGUGUAACUGCGUCUCUAUAGUAUUUACCCAUAGGCCUGGCUUUGAUAUUUCUAUCCUGAGUGGAAGCUCACUAGAAAGGGGCACACAUGCCGUACUGUCAACACUGUGUUCACUUGCCUUUUUAUAUAAGAAAAAAACAAACACCAGCAGAUAUCUCAGGAAUCCAUUAUCCGAUUUUUAAACGGAUUAUACCACUGCACAGCCCAGAACAUUCCGAAAAUGAUGAUACCAGAAUUUCCACAUAAAAUUCCAUAUUGACACAGAAACUACAAACAAUGUGCAAUACGUCGCUUGACGUCGCUUGACGUCGCUUGACGUCGCUUGACCUGUUGUGGCACCCCUGCUACUUUUCGGUUUUGUCCCUCCCCACCACCUAGCAGUCAAAGUUGAUAAUUUAAAGUAAUUACAGCAACACUUUGAGCCCCUAAAAUAUACGAUGCCCCGGGCCCCAUGCAGCUAUAUGGGUUGCAGAUCUCACACGAUGGCUCCGAGGUCAAGUGACACCUAAAAUGUUAAAUAACAUCUCUCUCGUUGCUCUCCAGUUAAGUGUAUAAUGAUGUAAAAUUAAGCCGUCUGCCCCUAGGUUUCUGCAUGUAGAUCGUUUUUGCUGCUCCAGAAUCCGGAAUCCUUUCAAUGUGUCCUGACCAGGGCAGUCUGCCUGUUUUUAUUGUUGGGACAACGGAUGGGUAUUUGUACAAUUGAUAUAGCUUUUGGUUUGUAUGGAUUCUCAAAAAAAAAAAAAAUUUGUAUCAUCGGGCCAUAUAUUGAGCAGGUUCUCUGCUUUUCUGAUAGGAACCAAGUCACAAUUGCUUAAGUUACUACUGGUCUUUUGAUAGUGGUGCAUAUUGCUUCUUUGUUCCCCUAGAGAGGUUUUUGCUUCGUAGUAGCUUUUGUAAGUUGAAAUAAGAACUGGUGCAUGCUGUUUUCCUUUCUUUCACCUCCGAUUGUAUUUCCUUGAGCGUUUUUAUAGUCACGCCGAGAUAUUUGUGUCUAAUGUAUAAUUAUUAUUAAACCGUAACUUAUAUUGUUAUAUUGACACAAUUUGUUCGUGUCUUAUUAAUCUAGAUAUUUGAAAGUAGCUACUCUCAUAAAUAUGUGGUUGUUCAUAUAAUAUAUGUCAUCAGUGUGCGUAUUUACUGACAUUAUCAUAAAAUAAUAUAUAUUGCCUUCGAUUUAUUUACACCAAGACCAGCUUUGACCGUGACAUCUUCAAGUUCCCUGGGAGCUUUAAUAAUAUCAUUGCAGUUUCUACUAAGUAGCGUUAUAUCGUCUGUUUAUGUAAAGUAUUGCAUUGACUGGCUUUAUAAAGUUCCUUAUGGUUGUUCUGUACUACCUCUCUGGUGCUCACACGAAUGUUUCAAACGGGAUGAUGAAAAGAUAAAUGGAUUUGCUUGUCUCAUCAGGCCCUGAUUAAUUGGGAACUCUCUCGAGUACUCUCUCUAUUCUUUGAUUCUACCUUUAGAGUUAUCCAACGUCGUAUGUAUGAGUAGGGUAAGUUUGUUAGGGACUCUAAGUUCCAGGAGAGCAUUGUACAGGUAUUUCCUAUAUAUGCCUAGCAUUUCUCCACGAGACAUCUAAUAGUAAAUAAAUGAACGUCCGAAACGCCCCUUCACACAUUGUCUGAAAGAUACAUUGAAUUGCACCACAAUGCAUUUUGAAUUUAUUAUUUUUAAAUUAAGGGGAACCCUGCCAUCGUUUUUGCUCAAGACUCUUCAGAUUCCUCAAUUUUUGCUACUUCCCUCCUUGACGUCGAUCAGUGUGACUUAACGGGGUUAGAUCUAAAUCUAAUCUUGUUUUAAAUGAUUAUCUUGGGUGCAGCACCAACAAAAUGAAUUUAGUUUAUGUAUGGCAAUGGGCGCCAUCAUGCCUCCACUGACUCUUGAGAAAUUAUGUUCCCUAAUCAAUCAUAGUCUUUUGGAGAAUACCAUGUAUACUCCAAAAUGCACCUAUUGAUUGUUAAACAAUCACACAUUUUCUGGAUAGGAAAAGCCAUCGGGGGGGGGGGGCGGAAUGCUCGAUUUCCCCCAUCUUUCCUGAUAAAAAUUCCAGUAUUGCUUGACCUGGCAACCUUUUGGUGCUGACAUAUACACUGGCCAGCGGAGUGCCUAGUUUUAGCGCCACUCUAGGUAGGUUAACUUUUUUGCCGCGCCACCUUCUCGGUAGAAAAUCUGCAGUUGUCCGAAAAUCUCGCCGCUCAAUCUAAAUAGAAAAUGAGACACGGGAAGACCAAAUAUUGCCCCCGCCCCCCCGUUUUUUUUUCUACGUCACCGGCGUGAGUCUUUGUUGCCUGGGGACAAGAUUCCUUUUUACUCCCCCUUUCCCCCUAAACUCUGGGACCCAUUAUUUUCAUCCAUUAACACUCUAGCCGUCUAGCCCAUUAGCUGCCAUUAACACUCUAGCCGUAUAGCCCAUUAGCUGCCAUUAACACUCUAGCCGUAUAGCCCAUUAGCUGCCAUUAACACUCUAGCCGUAUAGCCCAUUAGCUGCCAUUAACACUCUAGCCGUAUAGCCCAUUAGCUGCCAUUAACACUCUAGCCGUAUAGCCCAUUAGCUGCCAUUAACACUCUAGCCGUAUAGCCCAUUAGCUGCCAUUAACACUCUAGCCGUAUAGCCCAUUAGCUGCCAUUAACACUCUAGCCGUAUAGCCCAUUAGCUGCCAUUAACACUCUAGCCGUAUAGCCCAUUAGCUGCCAUUAACACUCUAGCCGUAUAGCCCAUUAGCUGCCAUUAACACUCUAGCCGUAUAGCCCAUUAGCUGCCAUUAACACUCUAGCCGUAUAGCCCAUUAGCUGCCAUUAACACUCUAGCCGUAUAGCCCAUUAGCUGCCAUUAACACUCUAGCCGUAUAGCCCAUUAGCUGCCAUUAACACUCUAGCCGUAUAGCCCAUUAGCUGCCAUUAACACUCUAGCCGUAUAGCCCAUUAGCUGCCAUUAACACUCUAGCCGUAUAGCCCAUUAGCUGCCAUUAACACUCUAGCCGUAUAGCCCAUUAGCUGCCAUUAACACUCUAGCCGUAUAGCCCAUUAGCUUCCAUUAACACUAUAGCCGUAUAGCCCAUUAGCUGACCCCGCUAGUCUGGCGACCGGGGACAUAUGUCCCCUAUGUCCACCUUAGAUACGUCUCUUUCCACUUGCAGUGUCCCCCCCCCCCUAAAAUCUAAAGUGCCCCCCCCCCCACCCCGUGAAAAUUUUCUGAAAGAAACCCUGUCUACAGCUCGUCAUAAACCUCUGCAGCAAUCACCCUGUGUAUUAAGCUAUGAUGCUAUUUUUUAAAUUGUCAUUGAUAAUGAGUUUAUUUUUAGAUGUGAUAUUUUGAAGGUCAUUAAUUCAUUGAUUGUCACUUUCUAGGUUAUCAACUCACUGACUAACUGUUACUAUGUAGGUCCUCAAUCGUUCACUAACUAAAUGCUACUCUAUUUCUUUGCUAACUUUAGGGGUUCUCAAAAUAUUUAGAGCAGUCAAAGCAAAGUAAAGCUUGGCAAAAUAGUUUGUACUAGAUCCUCAUAACAAAUGAUGAAUAAUUACCUUAGACCUAUUCAGGUCCAAUUUUUAUUAAUUGUCUUUAGAUUUACUGAUGGCUUCUCAGUAAUACAUAUAAGACUAACAGAACUUUAAAAACAUCCAGUGUUAUUGUUAGAAUCCCUAAAUCCUUUCACAUAUUACUGCAAAAAUUAAAAAACUUAAAAAAAAAAACAACUCAAUAAUUCAUUUGGUUUAAAUUUUUUUCAUACAUAAGAUGUAGGUUUUUUUUUAUAUAUAAAUGACAUAAUUUUCAAUUCAUUAAAUGUAUUUCGAUAUUUUCUUUUUCACCUUGCUGCUUUGAACAAUAUUAAAUUAAAUAUUUCAUUUUUAAAGCUCUUAAAAUGCAGCAACUGUUUGUAUUCUUUUCAUUCCUCAGAUUUCAUUAAAAAAAUUGGCAUCACAUUUUGUGGUGAUAAGGGAAUGCCUUACACUUCCUAGUGCGAGAUUCCAAGAUAUGCUGCAAUGGAAAGAGCUUGUUGAAUCCUUACAUUCAAAGCAUCCAUACCAUCAGAUUUCUGUUGAUGGGACUAAAGUAAUGAUUCUAACACUUAACGACAGAGAUGAAAUGGAGACCAAUGAAAUAGAGAAGGACUUAAAUCAAUUUAUUUUGAAUAAUGAUGAACAAUCAUUCAGGCAGAACAUUCCAUUGGCAAUAAGAAAAGAUUCAUCUUGUGAAAAGGAACAAUAUGAUAACACUUUCUUACGGACGGCAGGACAUUCUCGACAACAUGGCAAAUAUGGGAAAUCACAUAAUAAAUCUCAAGGCUCUGACUUCAUUGAAUUUUUACCAUUUUGUCAACAGCAGAUCCAGUAUUGUAAUAUGUUUCUACAACAAGAACUUCAGAAUAUACUAGAAACAUUUAAAUCAGCAGAAAUCACAAUACAAUGUGAUGGCAUUGAACUAAAGGCUAGCAGUGAACAUUGUGGCUAUGAAAUGAAACAAAGAAUGAAAUCACUCUUUGACAGGAUAAUUAACGUGAAAAAAGAACUCAAAUAUCCUGGGCUGGUAUCUUUCUUUAAUUCUGAAGAUGGUCAUAAGCUGAUAUCACUCGUGUCCACAAGGUAUGAAUGUUUUAUUGAACCUCCCAUGGACGGAUAUAACAAAACUAAUGCUGGACAGGAAGUAAAUAAUACUGGGCUGGAAGUACUGAAGCCAGAAGAUGAGAGAAUUAAUUAUCAAGUCACGUUAUUAGGAACAGCCAAAUGUCCAGGGUUUAAAGUUCAUCUAGUGCAAGGAAACAUACGAGAUAUAAAAUCAGAUGUAAAAGUGGAGUUCUGCAUUUCCUCUACAGGUAAAUAUCUAAAAAAAGUAUAUCUUACAAUUACUUCAUGUUUGAUGAUUAUAGCAGGAAUAUUUACUUUUAAAGGAUUAAAAAGAAUACUAUUUUAAAUUACUAAAAAUAUAGCUGUAUUAAUUUCUUAUAUUAAUUUUUUUUUUAAAUUUAUCAGCAAUCAAUAAAAUAAAAAAUAAACAACAAACAACAACAAUAAAACUAACAUGAACGAGUAUUUAUUUUAAAAAAACGUUUCAUUAACGGGUUAAAUUCUGUAACACAUGCUUUUGUACAUAGACUUAGCGGAGAAAUAUCUAAGAAAAGCAUGAAGUCAAGGACUUAUUUAAUUAGCGGGAGUUGUUUUCAUGAGAUUGAAUUGAGGGGAAGAACGUAGGCACCUAUGAUGGUGGGCGUUCAUUUUACACUUAGUGCAAUUAUAUAUAUAUAUAUAUUUAUAUAUAUUUUGAAGAUGAUGUUGCUAAUAUUAGUAUUAUUGUUCCAAGGAUUAUUCACUGUAUGAAUGAAGAGCUUAGUGUGUGAAGUUGGAUUUAAGAUUUCAUUCUGUGUGGAAGUGGCGGCACCUAACAGUUGUUCUAGCAUUUAAAUUUAGAUGACUAUCUUCACUGUGGGUCCCACACACACAUAUAGUGAAUAGUUACAAAUUCUAAAUAAUAAUUUCUUUACAUUUAAAUAAGUUGGGCCGCAGUUGUAUACGUUGUAUUUUCUCUUAGAUGACCGACGCUUUUCAUUUGAUGAGAUCAUCAUUUCACAAUAUGUCAUCACACCAAACGUUCCUGUUUUACUAUAAACAUUGACACGAGAGACCUCAACUCAAAAUGUUACAAGUUAAUUCAUGUAUAUUUAUACCAACAUGUACAUUUCAAUACUUUCUGUUAUUUUCUUCUGUACUUCAAAGUAUUGAGACAAUAUAUGUAUUGAAGGUUUUUUAAUUAAGAAACUUGAGAUUCAGCAUUUUUUUAAUCAUAAGAACUAUUUUGUUCACACGGGGCGUAAUGAAUCAGGGAAGGAGGUCGGAUUUACACCUUUAUACACCCAAGGCAAAUAAAACAAUUCAACGACCCCGCCACCCACCAUUUGAAAACAAUCUCCCCCCCCCCCGCUUAUUAUAUUGUGACGCAGCUGUAGUCUUUUUGAGAUUCAGCAUUUUUUUAAUCAUAAGAAUUAUUUUGUUCACACGGGGCGUAAUGAAUCAGGGAAGGAGGUCGGAUUUACCCCUUUAUACACCCAAGGCAAAUAAAACAAUUCAACGACCCCGCCACCCACCAUUUGAAAACAAUCUCCCCCCCCCCCGCUUAUUAUAUUGUGACGCAGCUGUAGUCUUUUUCUGCCCCCCCCCCAACCCUCCAACCUCUUUAUGACCUUGGAAUUUCUCUAGGUAACAAUUUAUAUAUUAAAGCACAACAAUGCAAAUACACAUUUAAGAAAAAAAAUAACAUGAAAUCAAAAGGCCUGAGAUUUUUUUAGUCAGUACCAGUCGAAUCUUUGAUGCUUGGUCAGUGUCAUGUCGCUUGGUCAGUUUCAUGUCGCUUGGUCAGUGUCAUGUCGCUUGGUCAGUUCAUGUCGCUUGGUCAGUGUCAUGUCGCUUGGUCAGUGUCAUGUCGCUUGGUCAGUGUCAUGUCGCUUGGUCAGUGUCAUGUCGCUUGGUCAGUGUCAUGUCGCUUGUUCAGUGUCAUAAUGAAUCAACGCCUACGAUUGGCUUGAAUUCAGCGAUUGUGUUCUUAUCUGGGUUAUGCUGGAGAUUGAGUUUCGAUCCAAGGGAUUGGAAGUGACCCAUUUUGACCACACAGCCAUCCAGCCACUCACCCAGCAAUUUUUUUUUUUUUUAAAUUUUAAGAAUUAAAAGUGACAAAAUAAUUACAGGCCUACUAAAACUAAAAUUACUUUUUUAAAAAAUCACUUGAUUAGAUAAUUUGAUUUGCUGAAACGUGAAUAAUUAUUGAGGUAUUAGUUACAUAGUUUGUUUUCAAUAUCUACAUUGAAUAUUCAUCAAUGUUCUAACAAUUUUAACUGUUAAUUUCCGUAUCAUUAAUAUUAAUAGUGAACUCUCGAAUUCAAAACCAAUAUUUUUCUUCUAAUAUUUCUCUUGAAGCUGCCUACCAGCAAACAGCAUACCGAUAAUUUCUUGUUUUUUUGCGGAAACAGCGUUGACUUUCGGGUAGGAGACCUAGGUCCAGAUGCACAGUCAGGCUGUUCAGAAGGGCUCGGGCCAAGAUCUUGCCUGCGAUUGACAGUAGUGAAAUUCCGCGGUGAUUGUCUCAGGCCUGGUGGUUUCCUUUGUAUUUGUACAGUGAAUAAUCGAGGCAUCCUUGAGGUCUUGUGGUAAAGUUUCCGUCUGUCAGAUGAUCUGGAAUAGCCGCAAUAGCUCAUCUGACAGCAUUGGUCCACCUUCUUUGUAGAUUUCGGGGGCAAUCAUGUCGGAGCCAGGUAUUUUGUCAUUGGACAUUUGGCAAAUUGCUGUCUGUAUCUCGACCAAAGUUGGGACAGCGUCCAGUGACUUGUUCGUUGGGAACUGGGACAGCCUUUUAAUGGCCUCAUCAUUAAUGACGGAAGGCGUUUUGAGCACACUAUCAAAGUGUUACGCCCAUCUUUCCAAGAUCUUAUCCUUGUCUGUGAUAAGUGUAGAACUGUCUGCACUAAGGGGAGGGGAAGAGCCUGAUGAGGUAACGCUAUAGAUUUCUCUCAGGCAACGGCAGAAGUUUUUCUAUGUCUUUCUUGUCUGCAAAGCCCUGAAUUUCAUCAGCUUUCGCACUCAACCACGAGUCUUGCAUCUGGCGCAGUUGCAACUGGACCUUGCUGCGGAUACUCCUCAGUGCAGCUGUCUUUGCUGUUGCCACUGGCUCAUCAUGGAGGGCCUUGUACGCCCGACGUUAUUGCUCAAGCAACAUUUGAAUCGCUGUUUUGCUUUUGUCAAAACAAUCAUUGUGUUUCCUGGUAGAGGGUCAGAGGCGCUCAGCGGCUGUGCUUUACACCGUCUCACGAAGUGUGGUUCACACUUUUUCCUGGUUGACCUGUGUGAUGGUAUCAAGGCGUUCAUCCAGGUUGUCAACAGAGGUUUGUCUCACAUCAGAGAUUUUCAGCUUACUGAUAUUGAGGCGUUUCGGAACUUUCGUGGCCUGAGGUCAUCUCUUAGGUUGGAUAUGAAUUUUCAUCUUUGAUUUUUGACGCAAAAAUUGGGUCCCCGCAGACCGUGUUCAGUCGGCCAGGGUUUGAAGGAGCGGGCAAUGUUUUGGGCACCUAUUCCAGCCCCUGCCUCAUGCAUUUAGGAGAGCCUGCAUUUGGCCACAGGACUUGGGAUGAUGACUGGUGACUUAUGCGGGUUGUCAAUGGUAAGAGAAUCCCUGUUGUUAUGUGUAGAUCACUGUUGUUACAUGAGGAUCACUGUUGUUAUGUUUCGUAUGUAAAAGAUGUUUAGCUAAGAGAUUUCACGUGUAGCUGCAUCUAUUGUGUGAGAUUGUUGUGGCGUAUUUGGGUAAGGGGGAGAUGACCCGUUAGUUGUUGUUGUUGUUAUGGUGGAUAGACGGCGGUUGUUCGAUGUUGACUGUUUUAACUUGUGUGUUGUUAACUGUUUAUUUUUCGGAAAGUAUAUAACAGCCAUAUGUAAGAAAUUGUUGAUAAAGAAACGUAUAUAAUACAACAAACUGGUUAGUGUUGCUAACCGUUAUGUAGAAAAAAAACUAAAGCAACACAACACAAAGCGAGCUUUAUAAUUAAUUAGGAGUUAUGCUUCCUGAAACAAAAUGUAAAUAUAAAAGAUAUAUAUUUCUGUGUUGAAAAUGUGAGCUUGUGUGCCGAACAUAGAUGACCCCUUUUUAAUUCAAUAACUGAUGAAGCAACUCCAAGUUGUCUACUACUGUAACAACCACGCAUUUAGGACUUCAGUGUAGUUAAAUUUCCAUUUCUUAAUUUCUCAAGCUCUUGUUAAGCUUUUAAAAAAAAACCUACCGUAUAGAUUUGUAAGUUGAUAAUGCAAUAAUUGCAUUCUAUUAUCCCACUCUAUUACCCCUGAAGACCUUACUGUAUUUCUGAUGAAAAAAUGCUAGAUUUUGUCUGCAAUUUCCAAUAUUCUCAUUUUGUUUGGGAUUAUUACCCAGGUUUGUUCUUUGGUAUAUGUAUCUUAACUUUCUCGUGAUUUUGUUACCCAAUAUGAAAUAUUUGUCUGCGUCAGUCUAACCCUAUCCCCCUCAACUGGGUGUAGUAUAAAAAGCGUCUAAACUGGCCUGUUAUUUUUAUUUGGUUUUUGUUUGCUGAUUAUUUGAGUCUGUGUCAUCCAUAAAAUAGAUUUAAAAUUUGACAAUAAAUACAUAUUCUGAAUGCAUUUGGGUACCAACAAUAAUAACAUGUAUUCAACUUGACAAACCAUUUCAAAAAAGAACAGUCACAUGUACACAUGUAAAAUAGAGGCUUUGCGGCUCAGCUUGCACAGUUUUUACAUAAAAGAACAGAAUGGUCUUUGCAAAUAUUUCUAAUAAACUUGCUGAGUUGAAGUGGUUUGGGCGACUGUUUGAAUUUUUUUUAAAGAUUUCAAAACACUGGCGAAGUUAUGCCUCACACUAUUUUGAUGAAUCGGGACGAAUUGCCUCUACUUGCGGAAGGGUGAGAAAAUGUGCUACGUCUAUUCUGACUGUCUGUUGUCUUCAUGAGACAGUGAGUUAGUCGAACACUUAUAUUUAAAUGCCACCCUUGAUGCUAUUGAUGCCAAGGCAACAAUGUUGAAAAACUCAACCAAAGGCGGCCAUCUUUUACUUUUAGUUUUUUUGUAUUCACAGAGAACAUCUUCGCCAUUUGGUCCAUGGCGAAUAUACAUUCUUUGAUUUUGUUGUUAUAGAGCACAAUCUCCGGUUCCUUGCAUUCAUUAUCACUUUCUAUAUCUGGAUUAUUGUGUAUUGUGUUCAGGAGCAGUUCAUUUUUCUGCUUCGAGCUUUAGUAUUUGACCAUGUUUUUCUAGUUUGAACCAAAACAUUGAUUUGUUGAGAGGCAGAACCUUCUUUUGCUCGAACCCCUUGGAUAGGAACAUCUUGUUCCGUUCACUGUUCCAACUAGAGUGAGUCUGUUCUUGGCCAUUGGUUCUGCAAGUUGUAGAGGAAUUAAAUAAUAGUCUGUUCUGUAAUUGCAGCCACUUCCAUGCAAGUCCCUUAUGAGGGAAAUCACAGUCUCUGGGGAUAUUCCAACAUUUCACUUUGCUGGCAGAGCACUUGCAUAAUUUUUGCCGAGAUAUGGGCAUCCUCUUAGAUGAUGAUUUGAAGUCGAUUCAUAGGCGCAGAAGAUUUGUAUUCCAUAUUUGUCAGGCUUGCUUGGGGGUGCAUACAGAAUAUUUAUUGAAUAAAUCUGCACCGGCCUCUGAAACCAAACAUUUGUUCACCUACUGUGAUGUUAUCUCCAGGGAACAAAGUACCUAGCCAUUUAGUCAGGAAUGAUUCUCAAACAUCUCUUACUAUUAGAUCGAAGAUGCCAAGAGCUAGAAAGGAUUGAUCUAGUAUAAUUGUUGUCAAAACAAAUAUGAAUCAGAAGUUUGCUGAAUCUCGACAUUAAAAAAUGUACCCUAAAUAUAGGAUUUCCAGCAACAUUGUUGAAAAGAAAAGUCCACUGAAAUGCUGUUGAGAUAAAGAUUUCCAGUGUGUAAUAGUAGUAGACAGGCAAUAAAAGCUUUUAUUUAGAUCACAUCAUUCCUUUGCCACUUGUUUCCUUUUAUUUUCUCAACUUCCCUAUUGCUGCAGUCAAGUAUUGUUUGUACCGCUUUUUCAUUAAUUUACAGAAGAAAUGCUUCAGUGGGAGAAACUACGUGAUACGUGAAGGGAGUUUGGUUCCAAGGCAACCAAAUCAUGCCACAUAGUACAAAAGAAAUGAACAUAAAGAGAACAAUUUAUUGUGAAAAAAGACUAUGGGUGUAAAUGCCAGAAAUGCCAGAAACACUUUUCGCUGGGACAGGGUAUACAAACAGAGUUUCACCCCAGCUGUUUAAUUGAACCACCUUCACAUAUUUGCAGUUAUAUUAUUGAUACAGAAGUAAAUCAUGAGAUAUCUUAAAUAAUUUAAAUAUUUUUUAGCCCAGGAAUGCAUUUUCAAGGCAAAUCAAAGUAGUCGGGAUAUGACCGUUCUCUUGCCAAGAUGGAAAGCCCCAGAAAUGUCUGCGUAUGAGGAGCACUUUCAUCAGCUGAGGAACAGUUUGAGAUCAGUGGUAGGCAUAGUGCUUGAUCAACUGAAGUCUUUUAAAAGUACAAACGUAACAUUUCACAUCAAUGUGAGCCAUGAUCAGGAGUUUCUAUUUCCUUUGGAUGCCAUCGCAAAGAUUGUCACAGAACAACUGUUUGCGGCAUUUACAGCUCCUAGUGACAGUUCCAAAGAUAUUGAUGUUUAUAUUUGUGAACCAAAAUGUGAAUCUGUUUUCAAAGGAUUUUCUUACUUUAUUAAAAGAAUGGGAGUUGACUUUGGAGCACCAGAUCAGGUCAGCUGGGAUCAGAUAUGUCACAGGGGUAAGUUCACUGAGACUUAAUUAAGCUAAUGGUUAAGGAACAAAGGGGAUUUAGGACCGCAAAUGCAAAGUUAAUUAUGUAUACAACUAUUUGCCUCAUUAAGUACUUAUUUUUAAAAAUGAAAUGAAAUAUAAAAAGUACAUCAACAUCAGCAGGGCUCGGCUAAAAGAAACAUUUAUAUUCAGUGUCAUUACUUUAAAAAUAACUUAGCCUAAUUAUAAUUCAAGUCUCUAAUAUUUUGAAAGAUAUCUAAUUAUUGCUCAAACAUAUUUUAUUAAUACACAAGCACAAGGCAUAACAAUUAGUAAUUAGAAUCAAAUCAAAUAAAUAUUUUUUUUUGCAUGUUAAGACAGAGUAGUUAAAGUCUUUGAAGUUACUACAGUCAAUUCCAAAAGUAACAAUACUGAAACUUACUUCACUGAGUGAACCAUCUCUUUUAAAAAGCUGCCAAACAUAUCUUCCUUUUUAUGACGUGGCGAAGUGCACUGUUGAAAAAUUUGUAAACACGUUAGAGAUGUGGGAGUUUCCUUACUGUUAAAUAGAGUUCGUCAUUUCUAAGACCUGAAAAGAUCGCCACAGCGCAUUAUUUCUAUUUUCAGCCAAUGUUUUCAUAGAAGAUAUUUUCUCAUGUAUAAAGCAGUAACAAUUUUUGAGUAAAGUAUUUCUUAAAAUAAAGUUGUACAAACGUUUUGGUCUAGGUUAAGACUAACUAUGGCGGCUCACAUUGACAUAGAGGUACCGAACAGUUGUUACGGAGAUGGGCCAAACGGAAUACCAGGAUGUUAUAUUAAUAUCUUAAUGAGACUGGUCAGACUGCAUGCCCGGAUGUUCUAUUAAUAGAUUUGCGCUAUUAAAUGACAAACUCUAUUUAUUGGCACAUACAGCAUUUUAUUUUGUAUAUUUUUUUGAAUAUUUUUAAAAUUAAAAAAAAAAUUGAAAUAUUUGACAAUGUUAAGGCUGUAAUUAAAAAAAAAAAAAAAAAAAAACAAAAUAAGUUCGGCAAAUUUAUUUUAAUAUUGGUAUGAUUGAUUAAUAUAUUUAUUGCAAACCAAUUUUUUUUUUAAAUUUAAGAUAUAUGUAUGCUAUUUCUGGCAAGCUACAAAGAAAUUAAAAUAUGUCACCAUCAAAAUGUUAAAACACACCUUUUAAGAAUAUUUUUUUUUUAUUUGUUUAAAUUUAUUCAUUUUGUUCUAUUCCAGACUUUUUCAAAUAUCCAGAUUACAGACAGUACAAAUAUGAUGUAGAAAUAGUUUCUAGCUGCCCUGAAAAUCUGGUAUCAAAAUCCGUUGCUAUAUAUAUGCAUAUGCAUUAACUUAAGUUAUGCUUUCCAAUGCUGCUACAAAAUGAAAGUAUUUGUGUUAGGGGUCGUUUGCAAAUUACAUCACGCACAGGGGUGAGGGGGGAGAAUUAAUUGACACUUUUGACGGGGGGGGGGUAAAAAAUUUGUGACGUCAGGAUUUUUUUUAAAGGAAGUGCUUAUUGGGACCCGGGUCCGAGAAGUGGGAGGUUGGGAUUAAAAUUUUCAAAAAAAUAUUAUUGCAGGGUUUGUGAGACGAAAUUUGGUAUCAAAUGAAAGAAAAUUGAAAGAACUAUAUGUUUGUACACUUAAUUCUUCAGUUUAACUAAAAUGAACUACCACAAAUGACAGAAAAAAACAAGAAAAAAAACAAGCAUAGAUUGGAAAAUUUGAAAAAAAUAUGACCAAGAAGUAAAUGUUAUUCUAUACUGUGCAAAACAGUGUUGACAAAAUCUUUUGUUAGAUUCCCAGCACUUGUAAAUUAAUAUUCAGCCUCACCACAUCUCUCUAUUAACAUACAUUUAACUAUUUCAACUCCAAACCAGUUUUUAAACUUUAAGCAACAUGUUGAUUUUUUGAAAAUAUUAUUUUCAAACGCCAAAAAUCAAUAAUAAAAUAUAUUCUCCUAAAGUAAAGAACGAAAUAAGAAUUGAACAAGCUACCUAACAAAUGAAUGCUCAUAUUUAAUUAUUUUUACGCAGGGGUCUGAAACUCGCGGCCCCCCGCCAUUUGCGGACCGAUACCUGACAGCAAAGCUCAUUGCUAAUCCCCCAUAUUUAUAUUUAUAUUUUAUUUUGUCCAUUUUUGUCCAUAUUUUGUCCCGCGCGUUUUGUCCAUUCUCAUAUCUAUAAUGUGAGCUUUUGCGAAGGUAUCAGUCAAAUCUCACCAACUAGUUUAACUGAUUAAUCUUUAGUGCAAUUCUAUACUCAAGGCUAAGCUCAGGGAGGUACAUAAAAAACCACAGACGAGCUUGGACAUUUUAUGAGAGAAUUGCCCUCCAACUUUCCUGAGUCUUCCAGGUUGUUAAAAUGUAUCAGUUCAAAGUUCAGGGCCCAACUUACUGAUGAGCAUAUUAAAGCAAUCCUGAGGCUUGGAACCAAUGGUCUACCAUAGCAACCGUUUUAAACAAUAAAAUUAGAAGGGAUACCUGCAUUAAUUUGCAUAAUUUUGUAUUUUAAAUCAAGAUAGAAUGUUGUUCUUUUGGGGCGACCAAAUUAUAUUUUUAUAAGUCUUAUUAGUCUGAUUGCCAUAUCAUUAAAACUGCCAUUUGUUUCGUUUUUAAUUGCACAAUAAAAUUUGCUUUAAUUUUUGCAUGCAGGAGUUUAGAAACUUAUUCUGCUAUCCCAUACAACCCAGUCUUGAAGCAUCCUCGUGCCCUGUUUACUUUGACCCCACGAGUUGUAAAAGGUUGGUGGAGAACUCAUUAGAAGAACUCCUAAAAGAAAUGCCAGAUGGCCUAUUGAUUGGGGAUGUGCACCCUGUGUCGUGUUUUCCAUUUAGUAGAGAUGCACUUGUGUAUUGUAUUCCUGAAUGGGGAUCAGGCAUUUACCAGGUAAAAAUGGUGACCAAGCAGCAUUUCAUUAUCAUGAUUUGCUUUUUAUCCCAACUUUUGUUUCUCUAGUUUAGACACCAGUUUUCAAAUAGCGUAGAAAGAUUCAGUUUAAACACUUUGCUUGAGCACUAAUUAUAUUCUUUCUUUUCCGUUACUGCAGGCAUUAAAGGCUUCUCUGAAAAAUAUUUUCAAGCAGAGUUAUAAAUAUGAUGCUAUCAUCAUAACUCCUCCGGGAUUAGGUGUCCAGAAAUUUCCUUUGCCUUAUCUGGUUCAAACAUUUGUUCAACUUUUGGAUGAAAUUAUUAAAAAAGAAAACAGUGUGAGGAAGAAAAAAAUUUACUUGGUUGUGCACAACACAGAAUACAAAAUGGUAGGGUGUUUACUUUCUCCUCUGUUUUUAAAGUGAAUUGCUCACAAUUAUUUAUAAAAAAGAUUGAACUAGUUUCACUUUAAAAUUUUAUUUUGUAAACCUAAUAAAGUGCAGAGAGUUGCACUGUAUUUAAUGUAAAGAAAAUUGAAAGACACAGACUCUGAAGUAUUAUAGGAGAAGAAACACAACAAUCAGAGCAUUGCCAUCUGCAAAUAAAUAUUCAAUACCAGUUUACAAAAACGUUAACUUUGAUUCACAUGGAUCUCAAAGUAAUUGUUAUAAAUCCUUUUAUUUGUCUUGUAGGCAUUUGAAAGGGAAUUACAAAAAAGGUUUCCGAAGAUUGCAAAAAAGCCACAUUUUUGGUGGUCCCUUCGUAAGUUUUAACAUAUUUUUUAUAAAAGUAAAGAAAUUUUAUGAUCUUUCUUUAUAAACAUUCAUAAAAAUGUUUAGUAAAUGCUUCUUCAUAAAGUAUUUAAUAAAUAUUCAGUUAAAUCCACCUAAAAUAGUAUCAUCAAUUUCUUUAAGAAGUAGAUUCAAGAGGAAAGUUGAUUAAAGGCAAAAGUUGAUUAAAGGAAAAGGUUGAUUAAAGGAAACGUUGAUUAAUGGGCAAAUAUAAAAUGAGUAAAACAGAGUAGAGUUAAACCUGAAAAAAUAAAUGCAACAAAACAACUAACCUGAUUGCAGUCUCUCCCCUUAUACGUUGUUUUGUUGCGUUUAUUUUUUCAGGUUUAACUCUACUCUGUUUUACUCAUUUUAUAUUGUACUAACCUGAUUGCAGUCUCUCCCCUUUUUACCCAUUAAAGGGCACAGUUCAUGGUUUGACUCCAAUCAGUUGAUAAAUUAAUUUGAUAAUAAUCUUGUAUUUCUUAAAUGUUAAACUUAUGGGGCUGUUAUUUAUUGUCACUCUUAUCUUAAAAUAUAUGUUACUUGUAGUAACACUGAUAUAAAGUGUUUUAAUAAUAUGGAGAACAUGAAUAAUAAAAACAGCUGUCAGUGGGUCUUCCUUUUAGCAAUGUUCCCUCUAAGGUUUGUUGGUUCGUGUGCAAAAUCAUAAAGUUAUGUGCAAAUUUUUACAUCAUCAAUUUUUUGUGCGCAAAAUUUUACAGCCUACAGACACAAACAGACACUAAAGUGGAAAUUAGCUGCGCGGUACUCAAAACUGCUGCGUGGCGACUGUGAGAUUGCUGCGUGGCCGCGCAGCUUAAAGGGAACAUUGCAUUUUAGUCAAAUAUUUUGCUGUUAAUUUAGCAAAUUCAAGUCGAAAUUACCAGUUUGAGCUUAUUUUAUCAUAGUAACAUAAGAUAAAGAUUAUCUUAUGUUGUCAUAGUACACAUAUAAGGUCAAAGUUGUACUUAUCCUUUGCCAGGGUAAUGUUUAAAUUCAAAUCUCUUGCUUGCAAAUAGCACUAUAAAUUUACUUCCAUAUUUUAAUUUUCCAGCUUCAUUCUGGGAUUCAUCUGACAAAAAAGGUAAAUAAGAUUUGUUUGUUCGUUAAUUUGACUGAUUUUUGAAAUGCCUAACACAUGCAUCAAUGUUUAAUAAAAAAAUUCCAAGUACAUGUUGUUGGCAGGAUUGCCAACCAACCUUUCACCUAAUCAUAAUUUUAAAAAAAACAACAACAUAUGACUCUUAUGAAUGUGCUUGUAAAAGUCUCAAAAACAUUUUAAAAUUAAAGAUUGCGGUUUUUCAGACAUACAAAUUAGGAAAUGCUCAAGGAAAAUAUUUCAUUACCAGUAGACGAUGUUCGACAGCCUUAUAGUUUUUAUACAUGAUCUUAAUCAUAGGAAAUACAAUACUGAUUAGAAUGACAUAGAUAAAACUAUCAUCUUUAAAAUGUGUUCAUAAUUUUGAAAAAUGUAACCAAACAAAAAUGUGUACAUACAAAUUUUUGAGAUUUGAAAUAUUUGUUAGUAAAUUUUAAUUUCCUCAUAAAUCCCCCAUAAGUGGCAUUUGCUUUGCUGACAAGGGAAAACAUUCUAUUGACUAUCCAGAGAUGUUUUAUAAUUUUUCCCCUGUACAAACUUGGUUUAGUAAUACAGCAAGCGCCAAAAGUAACAGUACUGAAACUCCAACAUCUUGAACACAAUGUGCAUUUGUCAAUGGUGUAUUGCUCCAGUUGCCAGAUGUUCCCAGUAGUGGAAGGGACGAUGUGUUGGGUAGUUGUUGCUGCAAAAAGGUCUAUCAUUGGAUGAAUAAUUAUCAAUAGCUUACCAUUGUUUUCACUGGGACUUGGGUGGAUAUGAAAAGGGACUGAUUUUGAAAAAUGAUACAGAACAAGUUUGUCAGAGAAUUCAAAAGAAGGCAUUAAGUAACAUUGUUAUGCUGUCCAUUAGUACGAAAUUUGGCAGUACUAGAAACAUAUUUAGUGAACGGAAAGAAAAUUUUGGUUGACCAGACUACAAAUUCCUUUACAAUUCUGGAUCUUCUACCAUGCGUUCAACAAUCUGUAUGGUUAUACUUACUAUCACUACGAUGAUCACAACCACCUCCAAACAGAUUUUAAGUGCUGUAUGAUUUGGGCGGACAAAUGAAGUAUGAAAUUCUAUGAAACCAAAUGCUACCAUAUGACCAUCUCAAAAAAAAAACAAAAAAACCCAUCAACCUAUAUGUGCUCACUAAACGAGACAAUCCUCCAACAAGUGUCAAAUAAUCCAUACCUUGGAAUUCUCUUCUGAAAUAACCUAAACUGGUCACCUCAUAUAAACAAAAUUUCAAAAAGCCCACUCCACCCUAGGUUUCACCCGAAGAAAUCUGCGCCACUGCCCAACUUCCUGCAAAUGGAAGCCUAUCUCGCACUCGUCCGUCCACUACUGGAAUAUAGUGCGAUCAUCUGGGUCCCACACCUUAAGCAAGACGUGGACGAGAUGGAGCGAAUUCAACGUAACUGGGUGCGUUUCAUCGCACGAGACUACAAAUCCACCACUUCUGGCUUCGUCACUGGCCUCUUUAAAAACAUUUGACAUCCCCCCCCCCACCUUAAAGACAGACGAGAGGGACUCCGCCUGAUAUUCUUAUAUAAAGUGAUCAUGGGACUGGUGCUGGCCAUCCCAGCAGGAACGUACCUCACCCCACAGAAGCCAGGUAGACUGAUCAGAGCAAAACGCUCACUGAACACUGACUUCACCACUGACAUUCCCAUCAAAAAUUACACCAGAAACAAUAGCAAAUGCUUCAAAGUGCCUCAGUGCAACACAGUGCAUUAUAAACAAUCUUUCUUCCCACGCACAAUAAUAGCAUGAGACCACAUGGACAAUGAAACUGUGAACUCGACAUCGGUCGAAAGCUUCAAGGCUACCCUGGAAUCUGUUAGGAGCUGUUAGAAUAGCAACAUCAUACCCUCAACCAUUGCACAGAUGCCAGUACAUGGAUGCAGCAACGAACACAACCAGAACCAAAACUUCCAAACACAUUUUAAUUAUGAAAAAAUCUAGGAUCAAAGGAUUUUUAACCAUUAUUUAACAAUUAUUUAUGUUUCAGAAGGUUUAAUUUAGAUAGUUUUCUUUCUAUCUCUGAAAUAAUUGACUGAAAUAUACAAGUUUCAAAAUAUAUAAUAUAGUAAUACUAAUAGAUUGUCUUUGAUGAAACUCAGAUCAAAUGUUAGAAAGAAUAGUACGCUACUGUGCAUUAAUAACGUGUUUUUACAGAGCAAAACGGGAGAGCAUCAUCUCCAUGCACUGACCCUAGUAUUCUUAUCAGUAAAGUUGUAAGCCUCCCUAUCAAAUACUGGGGAAAGUCAAGAGAAAAAAUAAACAUGGCUCACCGUGACAUUGAGAGAGAACUUCAACGUUUUAAUGAGUGAUAGCACCUUGACUUGCAGACUGGAUCGAAAAGAGACGGGUAACUUUGAGGUAUAAAAAAAUAAGUUAGAAUAAGUUUACAGUUGUAUAAUAUAAUAAAUUAAAACAAAACAAAAAAUAUUUUAUUUAUAACGGUAAUUUUCACCAAAAAACCCAGUAAUUUAAUACUUAAAAAAAUAUAUAUGCCUAUUAUCAAUGUGUUGUUUUCCUUUCAUCCCUUAAUUAAGUCCUUAAGUUACAUGACUUUACUUAGUAACUUUUUAAAUCAUUAAUGUUUUACAUUUUCAUCAGUAAAUAAUAGCUGCUUUUUUUUUCUUUUUGAUAUGUUACAGAAGUUAUUGAAGCAGAUGGCAAAUAGUUCUGUUUUAAUUAAUUUCAAGAAGCAGUUCGCUGCUCAAAACCAAGGGUAACAUAACACUUAGUAUGAAAAUAAGGGUACAAGAAAAAAGAAAAUUCUUAAAACCGAUGAAACAGGGAGUAAAAUUAUAAUGACUGGAUCUCAGCUCACUUUUCAAGGAUUAAGUCAAAUUGAUGUUUCUGAUUUUAGAAAUGAGAUAAACUCUGCAAUAGGAAAAGAUUCUUAUUUAGAAAGCAGCUCCACUCGUCUGUCGAGAAGAAAUUGAAUGGUCAUCUGGUGAUGAAGAUAAAUCCAAUAAUUAAAACAAAUUGCAAAACAUUCUCUAAUUUCUUUGGUCAAAAGUUACUUUCAAUUUUUAAUUAAUCGUAGAAAUAAGAUGUCUAUAAACAUAUUUUUAGUGUUAUAUGUGUAUCCCAACAUAUUGUUCCGAUUCAAUAUAUUUCAAGAAUUAACAUAAAAAUUGACUGGUACAUAAUUUUAAAUAAUUACUUAAAUUGUGCUAGCUUUUUAAAAGUUUAUUAAUAGAAUAAGAAAUGUUAUUGAGAUAUAAGAAAUCUUAUGGACAAAAAAUAAAUAUUAUUGACCAAUAAGAAUUGUUAUUGACAUAUAAGCAAUAUUAUUGACAAAUAAAUUUUAUUGGCAAAUAAGAAAUGCUAUUCACAUAUAAGUUCCCUGGGGCUCCGGUUGACAAGUCUGUGGUGGCUUGUCGAUCACGAGGCGCCGGCCACCGACCCCCUCGACCGUGCCUCGACGUUACCCUGGGAACACAAAAACUGGGCGCGUCCUGCGUGGGCAGACAUGGGAUGUGCUCGGUACCUGCCGUACAUAAAACAGCACCUAUAGGGCUGCCAGUUGUGACAAUUCACAGUUGGAAGUAAAGGCAGAGACAGGGUAGGGAAUUAUUACAAGUUGCCAUUAAUAGAUAUGAGGCUAGAGGCGAAGGUGGUAACCUCUGGCCGAUGAUUCUUACUACGCAGCAGUAAGAAGCUGCUCCAAGGAAACCGUUUCAUCCCUACUGCAUCGCAAAUUAGUUGCAUUGUGAAAACCGUCUGUGGAAACCGUCUGUGGAAACCGUCUGUGGAAACCGUCUGUGGAAACCGUCUGUGGAAACCGUCUGUGGAAACCGUCUGUGGAAACCGUCUGUGGAAACCCUCAUAAAAGUGGUCAAACGUUUCCCCGGGAUGGGUGGGGGAAGGUAUUACAACAUAAAUUUACCACCCCAACUUCCAAGUAAGUCGAUUCACGUGUGCACUAUGUGCAAACACAGUGUCAGACCGAACGGCUGACUUUGGGUUGGGGCGGCCCCUAGUGGAAUCUGAUCGAGCGGACUUGGGUGGGGG